AUGCGGCCCUGCCUUGGAGUCAUCUGCCAAGCUUUUGCUAAAGACCAGAUUGUGGGCGCAGGAGAGAAUGCCAUUCCUUUGGAAAACAGAGCUCCUUUCGAGGCCUUGGCUCCUCUACUUGGAAAUGAUAAUAGCACUUUUGAAGAAACAUGUCCAUACUGUUUCCAGUUGUUGGUUCUGGACAACUCUCGAGUUCGCCUCAAACCCAAGGCCAAAUUGACACCCAAAAUACAGAAACUUCUUAACCGAGAAGCAAGAAAUUAUACACUCAGUUUUAAAGAAGCAAAAAUUGUGAAAAAAUACAAAGACUCCAAAAGUGUAUUGUUGGUUACUUGUAAAACAUGCAACAGAACAGUUAAACAUCAUGGUAAAAGUAGAAGCUUUCUGUCAGCAUUGAAGGGCAAGCCUACCACUCCUACGAGUAAACUCAGCGUGAAGACACCAGAGGGAAAGACACUGAAUUCUGCAAACCUAAGUCAUGACGUGUCUGGUUCCAAAGGCAAGAGCCCAGGAUUGAUUUUCAGAACACCUACAUCUGAACACUCAGCAUCUACUGGCUCCUCAAAUACUAUGAGCAAAACAAAGAAACACUUCUCUCGACUAAAAAUGUUGCUGAGUCAAAAUGAAUCCCAAAAGAAUCCAAAGGUGGACUUCAGAAAUUUCUUAUCUUCUCUGAAGGGUGGACUUUGAAAAUAAGAAAUGCCUAAUGCAAUUUCUGAAACUAAAGUUAGUAAAACAA